AUGCAUAAGUUUGACAACCAGUGGGCAUGUAAUGCGGGAAAUUACGACAGAGUACCUUUGACCUAUAACAAAAACCUGACUCGUAGAAAAGAUCAACAACAUAAUAAAUCCCUAGUUUGUUUUUCCUCAAAACAGAGUGUUUCUGUAAAAGAGAGUACAUGCCAAUAUUUCAUACCAGAUAAACCAUUUAUAAGGGAUUUGUUACAAGUGAAAAAUAGCAUAAGCCAUUCUGGAAACACAUAUUUGAAGUGUUUUGAAAAUAGGAUUGGAUUAAAUUUACAGGCACAUCUGGCUCAUCUGCAGAGAUUUAAAAUUGAUGAAAAAGCUUAUGAAUAUAACCAAGUUAAGAAAUCUAUCAAUAAUGGAUCUUCAGUUUCACCACUUCAAAGAACUCCUCCUAGUGUCAAAAACAACAUUUGCAAUAAAUACAGGAAGAUUUUUAAAUACUCUAAGUUACCUUCACAGUAUGGAAGAACACAUUAUAGAGAAAAAUCAUAUGAAUGUGAUGAUUGUGGAAAGGCUUUUAGCAAAAGUUCAAAUCUUAUUAAUCAUCAGAGAAUUCAUUCUGGACAGAAACCUUACAAAUGUAAUGAGUGUGGGAAAUCCUUUAACCAGUGUUCAAACCUCACUAGACAUCAAAGAGUCCAUACAGGAGAGAAACCAUACAAAUGUAAUGUAUGUGGCAAGGUCUGCAGUCAAAAUUCAAACCUUGUAAGUCAUCAGAGAAUGCAUACUGGAGAAAAGCCUUACAAAUGUAAAGAUUGUGGUAAGGCUUUUAUCCAACGUUCACACCUUUGGGGACAUGAAAGAAUUCAUACUGGAGAGAAACCUUACAAAUGUAGUGAAUGUAGCAAAGCCUUUGCUGAGCGUUCAAGCCUUACUCAACAUCAGAGAAUACAUACUGGAGAGAAACCUUACAUAUGUAAUGAGUGUGGAAAAGCUUUCAAGCAAUGUUCACACCUCACUAGACAUCAGAAUAUACAUCCUGGAGAAAAACCACACAAAUGUAAUGUAUGCGACAAAGCUUUUAUCCAAAGUUCAAGCCUGGUGGAACAUCAGAGAAUCCAUACAGGAGAAAAACCUUACAAAUGUAAUAAAUGUGAUAAGGCUUUUAUCAAACGUUCACAUCUUUGGGGUCAUCAGAGAACUCAUACUGGAGAGAAACCUUACAAAUGUAACGAGUGUGGCAAAGCCUUUACUGAGCGUUCAAAUCUUACACAACAUAAGAAAGUCCAUACUGGAGAGAAACCUUACAGAUGCAAUGAAUGUGGCAGAGCUUUUACCCAAUUUGCAAACCUUACUAGACAUCAGAAAGUACACAGUAAAAGGAAAUAUAAACAAUAUACGUGGUAA